UGCCGCCAUAACGAAACGAAAAAGAGCGAAUUAACAGAAACAUAACGACAGUCCCACACCACCAACCAACCAACGGAGCGAAGCAACGCGGUUUUCUCCGUCUUUCCUGUCCCUAAACGAAUCUAGUUUCCGCCAUUACCGCUCUGUGAUUAAGCUCUCCUUCUCUAUCUCUUUGUCAACUCCCUGUUCCUAAACACUUCACUUUACUCCCGCCACCAAAUCGAUUAAUCGUAAUCCAAGUCUACAGCCAAAAAGGAGUAGGCUUUCCCUAAGAAGCAGGGUCGCGCGUUGCUUCCAGCUUUCUGCUUUUGUUAGUUUUUCCCCCCCGCUAUCCAUCUCCAACUACCCUUCUUCUCCCGCCUCGAGACAGUGAAAGAAAGCAUCUUUUCCCCGACCAUGAAUUUGGGGUUCUCUUCUCUUCUUCGAUCUAAUUAGAUAGUGAACUGGCUGAAGUUGUGAACUUUUUAUCCAAAGGGGCUUAGCUAGGGCUCAUUGGUUUUGUUAGACGAACUUGGUUCUUUGGGGCUUGGGAGGUGGUAUUUGUUGAAGUCGAAGUUCAUAUUGGAAUGCAAGCAUAUCUUAUAGAGUAAACUAAACAUUCAAGUAUUGUAAGAGAACUCCCAGCUCUCUCCUGUUGCGAUGUCAAGGCCUAUGCUACUUGUCUUUCUGCUGCUUAUAUUCAUAAUCACCUCUCAGUUUGAAUGGAGACAACAACUUGUAAAUGAUAUUGACCCAACUCCUGGGAUAACAUCUAGACAGCAACAACUAUCAAAGAGGGAAGAAGCUGUCAAGGAGAAGGUAGGCAGGUGAUUUCUAGUUCCAUGGCCAACCUUAUGUUGCCUGGUUAGCAGACAAUACAGCUACGUGCCAACUAGCUUUCCUUAAUCGUUAGGCGAAAUGUUUCUGAUGAAUUACUGUCAGAGAUUAUCCUUUCACAAGAGAAGAACAUUCACAAGCUGAACGAGCUGGUUCGGGACCUUAGGCAGCAACUAUCAGAAUGCAAGUGCAACAACGAAACGUCGACUGCAACUGCAAAUAGUUUGACCGAACAUGUUAUCGAACUCGAAAGACAGCAGUUUCUAGAGGAUUAAGCUGUUGUUUGUAAUACUAAUGAUACCAUUAGUUCCCUUCUCCCAUGUGCUUCGAAGAUGUGUUUUUUCACACCACCCAAAUUGCAGCCCCCUGUGUGGAUCACCAUUGGACUGGGAGAAGUCCCUCAUUUGAGCUAAUCAUCUGUUCUUUUUAGUUAGCUGACUGUUCCAUCUUGAGAAGUUGUAAAUCUUGUACCUCUGCAUUUGUUCUGUUAAGCCUCAAAUGUAAAAAAAACAAAAAUGUUGAAGAUGGGAUAUCUAUAUACUGUCUCUUCUCGAUGCCGAAAGUGCUCAAGUAUGAGAAAUGAGAUGGACGUGUA